UGCUCGGCUCGUCGAUUUGAGUUCAGACUUCAGUUAUCAGUAGUGAGCCGUGCGCCGACAAGAGAGUGCGCGGUCCGUAUGCUUCGAGUCUCGUUCGGCGAUUAUCGUAACACAAUAAUAAUAUUGUAUUAUUUUCGUAGUAACCGCUUUUUUACUAAAUCCAAUAUUUGAUUUGCCACCGCAAUCCGUCCACGACCCGAGUGACCGCCGGCCCAUAGUGGAGCGUUAAAAAUAAAAAAAACCUCAACCGCUGACCGUCAAGAAGCGAAGUAUAUUAUAUUUAUAUAUAUCGUAUCGUUAAUUCGACAUGGACCGAUUAAAAGUGAUAAGCGGCGCCCGGCGCCUGUUUUGCGGAGGGUCCGUUCUACGCAGGAUCGACGGUCAUCCGUGGCCCUCACACAGGCGGAUUCGCCCGUACAGUUCCAAGCCAAUCAUCCUGGAAUCGCCUUUCGGACCCGUCAACAACGUGGACGUCACCCUGCCCGAAUACAUCUGGAGGAACAUCGAAAAGUGGGAGGAUAAACCGAUGAUAACUUGCGGCAGCAGUGGCAGGUCGUAUACUUACGGAGAAGGUCGUAUGAUAUGCCGACUUUUCGCCAGCACACUGAUCUCCAAAUUGGGACUGAAGAAAGGGGACGUGGUCGGUCUGUUGCUACCAAAUUUACCAGAGUACGUGUUCGCCAUACACGGUGCCCUCGAAGCCGGUCUGGUCGUCACCUUUGUCAACCCGCUCUACACUUCCGGAGAGGUAAAACGUCAGUUCGAAAACGCUGGCGUGAAGCUGUGCAUGACCAUCUCGCUGUUGUUGCCCGUCAUCCAAGAGAUAUCACCGUCCCUGAAGAACUACAAGGGAACGGUGGUGUUCGGCGGCGAUGAAGUGGCGGACAAGAAAUCACGUAUAUACGAUUUCAAAUCCAUUGUCUCAGGACAGUCGCCUGAUGAGCUGCCCGAGUCCUUCCCCGACGAAGUCGCUCUGUUGCCGUAUUCAAGUGGCACCACGGGACUUCCCAAAGGCGUCAAGUUGACCCACCGAAACUGCGCCAUCAAUUUGGAACAGUGCACACACCCCGACCUCAUUAACUACGUACCCACUACCGACGAUUAUCAGGAAAGAAUUCUCAGUGUGUUGCCCUUCUUCCAUAUCUACGGGUUCAACGGUAUACUUAACGGAGUGUUAGCUCACGGUCUUCACAUGAUUACCAUACCGAAGUUCACUCCCGAAUCGUAUAUCGAGUGCGUGCUCAAAUUCAAACCCACCAUGCUGUUUGUGGUGCCCUCACUCCUGUUGUUCUUAGCCUCUCAUCCGUCGGUGAAACCGGAACAUUUAAGCUCUAUCAGAGAGAUCACAUGUGGAGCUGCACCAGCAUCUAAAGCUCUUAUCGACAAUUUCGUACAAAAAGCUCAAAAAGAUAUUAUAAUCAGACAAGGUUACGGUAUGACCGAAUCAUCUCCCGUGUCUUUGUACACUCGAAUUAGGUUGCCCGAAAACAAAACUGGAAGUACGGGACAAUUGAUACGAGGUACACAGGCUAGAGUGGUCAGCUUGACCGAUGGAAACGACUUGGGACCCCACAGAUCUGGAGAGCUGUUAAUAAAAGGCCCACAGGUAAUGGCGGGAUACUUAAACAAUGAACAAGCGACUAAAGAAACUGUGGACGAAGAUGGUUGGUUACACACAGGUGAUGUUGCUUUUUAUGACGAAGAUGAAUAUUUCUUCAUUGUAGAUAGAACAAAGGAACUUAUUAAAGUCAAAGGAAAUCAAGUAUCACCGACAGAAUUAGAAAGUCUGAUUUUGCAACUUAAAAGUGUGGCUGAUGUUGCCGUGGUUGGUAUUCCAGACGUGUUGUCCGGUGAAAUUCCCAGAGCAUUUGUCGUAAAACGACCGGGUUCUGAGAUAAGUGAAAAAACCAUAUUAGAACAUGUCGAAAAGAACGUGGUCGCGUAUAAAAAAUUGGCUGGGGGUGUAAAAUUCUUAGACUUGAUACCUCGCAAUCCUUCUGGCAAGGUACUAAGAAACGAGCUCAAAGUGUUCGGCAAUAAUCCAAGCGAACAAGCAAAGAACUGAUUUAAAUAAUAUUUUUUAAAAACCGUGUAUAUUUUAUAGGUAAUAAUUAUGUUCUGUAUUCAAUAUAUAACAACUAUGUUAGUGUAUGUAUAUAAUAUGUAAACGGGAACUGAUAUAUAGUACCAAAUUGCAAAUGUAAUAUGGUACCUACUUAUUUAUUAUUGUUAAAAAUGUCUGUCUAUAAUGUCUUCCUUGCAAUAAAUUUCAACUGACAACAUAA